AUGGCUUCUUCGGAAGCUGAUUCCCGCUUGAACAUAGUUCUAGUCCCAGCCCUCGAUAAGAUCAUCAAGAAUGCGUCCUGGCGCAAGCACUCCAAGCUCGCCACUGAGUUUGCCGAGCCUGCCCUUGAUGCUGUCCAGAAAUUAAUUGCCCACGGCUACCUUCGUGGCGAAGCUGACCCCAAUGGUGGCCCCGAUGCAAAAUUAUUGUCCAGAUUGAUUGAAUCCGUCUGCAAAUGUCACGAUCUGGGUGAUGAAUCUGUUGAGUUGUUAGUGAUCAAGACGCUCUUGUCAGCGGUGACAUCAGUCUCAUUACGAAUCCAUGGGGAUUGUCUGUUGCAGGUGGUUAGGACGUGUUAUGAUAUUUACUUGAAUAGUAAAAAUGUGGUAAAUCAGACUACUGCCAAGGCUUCAUUGAUUCAGAUGCUGGUGAUUGUAUUUCGGAGAAUGGAGGCGGACUGCUCAACUGUGCCAUUGCAGCCAAUUGUUGUGGCAGAGCUGAUGGAGCCAGUAGAGAAGGCAGAGGUUGAUGGCUCCAUGACUAUGUUUGUGCAGGGUUUUAUUAAUAAGGUAGUGCAGGACAUUGAUGGGGUUUUUAAUCCAACGACACCAAUUGUGGGGUCUGGAAUUGGGUCUCAUGACGGGGCUUUUGACACCAAGACAUCAACUGUGGAAGGCACAAACCCUGCAGAUUUGUUGGAUUCUACGGAUAAGGAUAUGUUGGAUGCAAAGUACUGGGAAAUUAGUAUGUACAAAACGGCUUUGGAGGGAAGGAAAGGGGAGCUGGUUGAUGGUGAGGGGGAGAGGGAGAGGGAGAGGGACGAUGAUUUGGAGGUUCAGAUUGGUAAUAAGUUAAGACGGGAUGCUUUUUUGGUUUUCCGAGCAUUGUGUAAGCUUUCAAUGAAGACUCCGCCAAAAGAUGCAGUGGCAGACCCUCAGGCAAUGAAGGGGAAAAUUGUGGCAUUGGAGUUACUCAAGAUUUUGUUGGAGAAUGCGGGGGCGAUAUUUAGGACAAGUGAAAGAUUUUUAGGUGCCAUUAAGCAGUACUUGUGUCUGUCACUAUUGAAGAACAGUGCUUCAACCCUCACGAUUGUUUUCCAGCUUUCCUGCUCGAUAUUUAUUAGUCUAGUGUCAAGAUUUAGAGCUGGACUAAAGGCAGAGAUUGGAGUGUUUUUCCCCAUGAUUGUCCUCAGAGUAUUGGAAAAUGUUGCUCAACCAAAUUAUCAGCAAAAGAUGAUAGUGCUUCGGUUUCUUGAGAAGCUGUGCUUUGAUUCGCAGAUCUUGGUAGACAUUUUCCUUAACUAUGAUUGUGACGUGAAUUCUUCUAACAUAUUUGAGAGGAUGGUUAAUGGACUUCUUAAAACUGCUCAAGGUGUCCCACCUGGUGUUGCAACUUCUCUACAGCCGCCUCAAGAUGCUACCAUGAAGGUAGAAGCUAUGAAAUGCUUGGUUGCUACGUUGAAGUCCAUGGGCGACUGGAUGAACAAACAAUUGCGAAUUCCAGAUCCUCAUUCUGCAAAGAAAUACGAGGAUGCAGACAAUAAUACUGAACCUGGAAGUAUACCUUUCAUGAAUGGCAAUGGAGAUGACCCAACAGAAGCAUCGGACACUCAGUCUGAAGCCUCCAGUGAAGUUUCUGAUGUCUCAACAAUUGAACAACGUCGUGCUUACAAGCUUGAACUUCAGGAAGGCAUCUCUCUCUUUAACCGUAAACCUAAGAAAGGUAUUGAGUUCCUGAUUAAUGCAAAUAAAGUGGGGAACUCGCCAGAAGAGAUAGCAGCUUUCCUUAAAAACACAUCUGAUCUGAAUAAAACUCUGAUUGGUGAUUACUUGGGUGAAAGGGAAGAUUUAUCACUGCGAGUGAUGCAUGUAUAUGUGGAUUCCUUUGAGUUCCAUGAUAUGGAGUUCGAUGAGGCUAUAAAAGCCCUUCUUCAGGGAUUUAGGCUGCCUGGUGAGGCUCAGAAGAUUGACCGCAUCAUGGAAAAGUUUGCCGAGCGGUACUGCAAAUGCAAUCCAAAGGUCUUUACAAGUGCCGACACAGCUUAUGUGCUCGCCUAUGCAGUUAUAUUGCUGAAUACAGAUGCUCAUAACCCUAUGGUCAAGAACAAGAUGUCAGCUGAAGAAUUUAUUAAGAACAAUCGUGGAAUUGACGAUGGAAAAGAUCUGCCAGAGGAGUAUUUGAGAUCAUUGUUUGAACGAAUAUCUCGAAAUGAGAUUAAAAUGAAAGAAGAUGAUUUCACAAUCCAACAGAAGCAAUCUAUGAACUCAAACAGAAUUUUAGGCUUAGAUAGCAUACUGAAUAUUGUGAUCCGUAAGCGAGGGGAAGAAAAUAUGGAGUCAAGUGAAGAUCUCAUGAGAAAUAUGCAAGAACAGUUUAAAGAAAAAGCCCGCAAAACUGAGUCAGUUUAUUAUGCUGCAACAGAUGUGGUAAUUCUUAGAUUCAUGAUUGAGGUAUGUUGGGCUCCUAUGUUGGCUGCUUUCAGUGUUCCUCUUGACCAAAGUGAUGAUGAGAUUGUAAUAGCGCUAUGUUUGGAAGGCUUUCGUUGUGCAAUCCAUGUUACUGCAGCAGUGUCCAUGAAAACUCACAGGGAUGCUUUUUUGACUUCGCUAGCAAAAUUUACUUCUCUCCAUUCACCUGCUGAUAUUAAACAAAAAAACAUUGAUGCAAUCAAGGCAAUAGUUACAAUAGCAGAUGAGGAUGGGAAUUACUUACAGGAGGCUUGGGAGCAUAUUUUAACAUGUGUUUCUCGGUUUGAGCAUUUGCAUCUCUUGGGCGAGGGUGCUCCUCCUGAUGCCACUUUCUUUGCAAUUACUCAGAAUGAAUUUGAGAAAUCUAAACAAGGCAAAUCAAAUAUACUUCCUGUCCUGAAAAGGAAGGGACCUGGUAACAUUCAGAAUGUAGUGUCAGCGACAAGGAGGGGUUCAUAUGAUAGCGCCGGUAUUGGUGGUAAUGCAGCAGCAGGAAUUACAUCUGAGCAGAUGAACAACUUGGUCUCUAACUUAAACAUGUUGGAACAAGUUGAUGAGAUAAACCGCAUAUUUAUACGGAGUCAAAAGCUGAACAGUGAGGCUAUAGUUGAUUUUGUCAAGGCUCUGUGCAAGGUCUCUAUUGAAGAAUUGCGAUCUACAUCAAAUCCAAGGAUUUUCAGUCUUACAAAGAUAGUUGAGAUUGCGCACUAUAACAUGAACCGUAUUAGGCUUGUCUGGUCAAAAAUUUGGAUAGUGCUGUCCAAUUUUUUUGUGACCAUCGGCUGUUCAGAGAACCUUUCGAUUGCGAUAUUUGCAAUGGACUCUUUACGCCAGUUAUCUAUGAAAUUCUUGGAACGGGAAGAGUUGGCCAAUUAUAAUUUUCAAAAUGAAUUUAUGAAGCCUUUCGUAAUUGUCAUGCGCAAGAGCAGUGCUGUUGAAAUCAGAGAGUUGAUUAUCAGAUGCGUUUCUCAGAUGGUGUCAUCUCGUGUUGACAAUGUCAAAUCAGGAUGGAAGAGCAUGUUUAUGGUUUUUACCACAGCUGCUUAUGAUGACCAUAAAAACAUUGUGAUGCUGGCUUUUGAAAUAAUUGAGAAGAUCGUGCGAGAUUAUUUUCCAUAUAUAACUGAAACUGAGACCACCACUUUCACAGACUUUGUAAAUUGUCUGAUUGCAUUCACUAAUAGUAGAUUCAGCAAAGACAUUAGUCUUAAUGCCAUUGGUUUCCUAAGUUUCUGUGCGGCGAAACUUUCUGAAGGAGAUCUAGGAAAAGAAACUUUUGGAAAGGUCCCUCCAUCUUCACCUCAUGAAAGCAAAGAUAAAAAAAUUGACAACGGGGAGUCCAUAUAUAAGGUGGAUCAUCUGUAUUUUUGGUUCCCUUUGUUGGCUGGUUUAUCUGAACUUAGCUUCGACCCAAGGCCUGAAAUCAGGAAGAGUGCCCUACAAGUGCUCUUUGAUACCUUGCGCAACUAUGGCCAGCACUUUUCUCUGCCAUUAUGGGAAAAGGUGUUUGAAUCUAUCCUAUUCCGAAUCUUUGAUGACGCUCGACGUGCUAUUGACCCAUCCAGUGGGCAUGAGAUUAAUGGUGACGAGGAACUUGAUCAAGAUGCAUGGCUAUACGAGACGUGCACACUGGCUCUACAAUUGGUUGUAGAUCUAUUUGUUAAUUUCUACGACACAGUCAAUCCACUUCUGAAGAAAGUGCUGAUGUUAUUGGUGAGUUUUAUCAAACGUCCUCACCAAAGCCUUGCCGGUAUAGGUAUUGCCGCAUUUGUUCGUUUAAUGAGCAAUGCUGGGGAACUGUUUUCUGAAGACAAGUGGUUUGAAGUGGUUUCAUCUCUCAAAGAAGCUGCCAAGGAAACGCUCCCCGACUUCUCUUUUAUUCUUAAUGAAGAAGAUUUGAAUAAGAAGAACCACGAUGAGUCUACUGGGACAAGUAUUCCUGAUGAUGAUUUGGAUAACUUGAGGAGACAUCAUUUGCUUGCUGCUAUAUCUGAAAUCAAAUGUCGAGCUGCUGUUGAGCUUUUACUAAUUCAGGCGGUCAUGGAGAUCUACGACAUGUAUAGAGCCCAACUAUUGGUCGAAAACACUGUUAUCCUCUUUGAUGCAGUGCAUUCCGUGGCACUUCAUGCUCACAAGAUAAACAGCGAUGCAGCAUUACGUUCAAAGCUGCAAGAACUUGGGUCAAUUACUCAAAUGCAGGAUCCUCCACUACUUCGACUUGAGAACGAGUCUUAUCAAAUUUGCCUCGCAUUUUUGCAAAAUCUUGUAGUCAAUAGGCCUCUUGCUGACAAGGAGUCAGAAGUGGAGUCUUACCUUGUCAACCUCUGCCUGGAGGUCUUACAGUCCUACAUCGAAACUGCAUACUCGAAACAGAUGUCUGAUUCGUUUCUUGACAAGCAACUCCACUGGAUGAUACCUCUAGGUUCUGGAAGACGAAGAGAAUUGGCUGCACGAGCACCUCUUAUUGUUGCAACUCUCCAAGCAAUGUGUAGCUUAGAAGAUUCAUCGUUUAUGAAGAACCUGCCUUUCUUCUUUCCCUUGCUUUCAAGGUCCAGUCUUACUACGGUCAUGUUGAGCUCAGCGUCUCAGGAUCAGAGUGUACGGGAAGUUGGUAAAGAUUUUCUAGUGCCCUCUGCUACAGAAAUCUACAGUAGUUAA